AUGAGCGACGAAGUAUUUCACUGGACCUCCAGGGUCAGCGAAACCUUCGAUUGGCUACUGAACUCCAAACGAUACCGCCAUGACAUCCAUCUGCACACCAAACUGAGGGUGAACGAGGCCGUCAUCCUGACGACACUGCUGUGGGGAGCGGAUACCUGGAUGGUCUACUCCAGCCAUCCUAGGAAGUUUAGCCACUUCCAUCUCGGCCGCUUCCGCAGGGUACUGAGGUUAAGAUGGCAAAACAGAAUCCCGGACAAGAAGUCCUGAACCGGAAAGGAAUUCUCAGCGUCCACAUCACGCUGACAACUGCAAAUGUGAUGAAGCGGCUACCUGGGGAGAAUGGACAGUGUGCGUUGCCCAAACGACUAUUCUACUGAGAUGUCGCUACAUGUGCAAGCAGACCGAGGGAACAAAAAGCUGCCACAAUGACAUUAUACAGAAGUUUCUGAAGGGGCUGAAGGUCAACCCGGAGAUUUGGGAGGUCUCUACCCACAACACAUCGGCCUGACGAAAAGCAGUAAAGAUUGGCGCAACAAUUUGCAAAGCAAACUGUAUCGCCAAAGAAAAAGCCCAGGUCGAUUCUUGCAAGUAUCAGGCGCCACUAACCCGCAACAUUUUCACUCAACCCCACUAAACCUGUUAGCGCUCUCGACGAACAUUCUACGCGGGUAUCGGUCUCGUCGGUCAUCUUCGGACCCAAUGAACCAACCGCCAGGCAACCGCAACUGCUGUCUCCACGAUUGUCCCCACCCGAAUCCCGCGCAUACCACUAUGGCGCCCACCCUCACUACCGUUGCUCUGAGCCCGCGUGAAUGCAUUCGACGACUCAGCGUAAUCAAAUUCAAAGCUGAGAUACAUAGAAAAAGAAACUGAAAAGCACAAUUCUUACUUACAUGUAGUGUGCCGAUGAUGUGGUAUGUGGAAGUUGUUUAUGUCUGGUACAUGCGUACGUGGGGGAUUGAGCGACGACAGAUAAACGUUUUGUUAAAGACACUGGGGUCACAUCACAGCAAGUAAAAAUAAAUUGUCAUGUGAAUUUUAGGAUAAGCGAACGGAAUCUCCAGAAUAUUCAAUUCAUACUUUCUGCAUAGGCGAUUUAUUCAGAAGAAUGACUAGCGAACAGUGAAAAACGCACUUACCUAAUAAACAAAAUGAAUGUAGUUAGAUUAACCAUAAAGAGGGAAAUUGACGCUCACUAAAGGAUAGGAGUGCGGACAGGAUCUGCCUGUAUGUAGUAGCGUAUAACAGAUCCCAAACGGACAUAGUCAGGGCAGAAAAAUUUCACUCAUGAAAGGGUGAGCGUAUAGAUCAGACAGGAAUGAACUGUAUGCGGUAGAGUAUACGGGAUUCGAUAUAGACAUCGUCAAAUCAGAAUUCAUCCACCAGAUGAAGCUAUUCUUGUCAAAGUGGCUAGACGAGGGGACCCCAGACGCGAACGUUCACAGUCCGUUUCAAAUCUGGUCAAGGAGGGGCCAAGGAAGAUAAUAACAUGGGAUCUAUUUGCUGAUCGACCAAACAACCAGCAAAUGGUGAAUACAGAGGAGUUCGCCUUGAGCGUCGACAGACCGCUCAGGGUCGAUAUGAAAUGACAUCAAGAACAGCGAAAACCAUCGCUGCGGUGGUGGAAUAAUAACAGUUGAUCACGUGGUCAUGCCCGCAGUAAAUUACCACAGAUUUUCAUAAUGGAGCAUAGUGACGCACACACAUGUUGAAUUACUAGUCAGAUGUACAAAAAGUGAAAACAAACGACCCUUCGACUUGGGCCAAUUACCGUCCAUUCAAGUUCUCUACAGCCCAUGAUAGGGGGACAAAUAAAGCAGAUAUUCCCAUGCCAAUAGAAAAGGGAAUAUCUGCUUUUUGCAUCUUACACUUUUUGUAAGUAUUUCAACCUAUGUAUAUUGGCCAAGUAUGGUAAUAUUGAGACUGCAAGCGCUUAAAAUGGUUACGUCUCUUAUUAUGACAACAACUGAGGGACAUCCUCACCAGAAGACUUCUGCCUGUGUUUGAGAGAGAAAUCCACGACGCCGAGUAGUAUGGUGAAAAAAACCACGCGCUACCCAUCGCAUCAUCAAACACAUUCUUUGUGGCCUAAAUUUUCUCCUUAACAUCUUGCACGUUUCUGCUGUCCGUGACUGUCUGCCGUGCUUUCGCCUUCUUUGUAGCAAAUUUGGCUUUGCUCAUUUCGUUUUCAAAGAGAGUAAGUUGGUUCUCCCCAUUUUGCUUUAUACACCCUCCUCAUUACUAUUUUCUUUUCUAAUUCAUUUCAACAGAUCUAGUAAUUAAACAAGUUUUGUGGGCAAUGCAGGUCCUCGAGGAUUGUUGCUCGCUGUUUUAUAGGAUGUUAUUUUGGUAGACAAAUUGAUUACACUUAUAUAUUUCUCCGCGACUGUCUUUAUUACAUCACUUCUAACCGUUGCUAGUUAUUUGCAUGCCAUUUGCCCUGCUAUUAGAGAAGCACAGAUUCUUGCUGGGUACUUUUUAUCGCUCACGCUACUUUUCGACUCAUCCAGAUAACUCCUCUGCUGCUGGCUCCUGCUUAUCAUGGAAUCAGCUAUUUUCGCCAGUUAUCUUCUUAUAGAUGCCCAUACACUUGAGCUGCAGUUGCGUAAUUGUCAGGAUUAUUACACACUAAGGCCCUUGUUGAUGGUCGCUGUCGUGUUAGGUUACUCGGAUUUUUAAGUUAGCUGUAAACCAUUGUCAAGCCUUAGAUUACCGAACUCGAGUUUCUCGUUUGAGUGCGCUGCAGUAUAAGCGGGUAAGAUCGUCGCCUCUGAAAAUGAAGUUUGGGGAAUUGCACUACCGCCGGGGCGUAAUAACAUAUAGCAUCUCGCCAUACGAAGUUAAUGCCUUCUCAGGUUUCUUUUCAAAAGGUUUUCCGAACCUUGUGAGAAGGUUCAGGGAAAAAUUCUUUAUUGUUGCGCCUCGUAAGCUUCGCACAAUUAAUUGACACACUUCAGCAUUUAUUAUCACAUACAUGAUUCUUCAGUGGGCAGGCAACGAAAAUGCGAGAACUAAGAGGAAGGCCUACCACCAGCAUUGA